AUGGAGAUCAUUGCAACCCCAUCUUCAGAAAGCAUAAGGAGGACAUGGAGAAGGAGAAAAUACCAGAGGUUAGGUAGUAGUAAUGGCCCUACAAGAUCAAGGAGUUUCAGGUUGGGGCGGCUAUGGCGGAUGAGAAGAGGCGCUCCAAGGCUGCGGUUUAAAAUGGCAUCGCCGUUGAAGCUUCUGGCGAGGUUCCACGAUGCGUACGUCGAGAUGAUGAUGAGGGUGGCGAACGGUGUCGGGAAUAUGUACGCGAUCGGAGCGUUUGGUGGUGGUGGGAAGAGGAGGAUGAUCCCAAAACCAGGAAAUCAAGUGUCCUUGGUUUCUUGUGGGGGAGAACAAGUUGAUGCUAAAUUGGUUUUGGAAAUCUAUAACAAACUUGCUGCCUCCAAGAACUUAGCUGCUGCUUUUUGA